CCACACCAUCUCUGUCAUUCCCAGAGGAGCCCCAGGAAAGGCAGAAGAAGCCCAACAUGAGUGCUUUAGAGAUCCAAAACAUCAACUGGCAGAUGCUUAUAAACCGAAGGGCACAUCACACAGACAAGUUCUCCAGCCAGGAACUGAUCGUGCGGAGAGGGCAGCCCUGGGAGAUGAUACUAGUCGGCAACCGAAGCCUUGAGUCUGGAGAGGAUCUGAACUUCAUCGUUUCCACAGGUCCCCAACCGUCUGAGUCAGCCAGGACAAAGGCUGUAUUUUCCAUCUCUGGGAGAAACACAGGUGGCUGGAACGCAACGCUCAAAGCCAGCAAUGGCAAUAAUCUGGUCGUUGCUAUUGCCAGUCCUGCCAGUGCUCCCAUCGGACUGUAUGCACUGGAUGUUGAGAUCUCCUCCAGAGGCAGGGUCUCCUCUCUGAGACUCGGCACAUUCAUAGUGCUCUUCAACCCAUGGCUGCAAGUGGAUGAUGUCUUUAUGAGUAACCAUGCUGAAAGACAAGAGUAUGUUGAGGAAGAUGCUGGCAUCAUCUACGUGGGCAGCGCAGAUCGAAUUGGCAUGGUUGGCUGGAACUUUGGACAGUUUGAAGAAGACAUUCUGAGCAUCAGCCUCUCCAUUUUGGAUAGGAGUCUGAAUUUCCGUCGUGACCCUGUGACCGAUGUGGCCCGCAGAAAUGACCCCAAAUAUGUUUGCCGGGUGCUGAGUGCCAUGAUUAAUGGCAAUGACGACAAUGGUGUUAUUUCUGGGAACUGGAGCGGUAAUUACACCGGUGGUGUGGACCCAAGGACCUGGAAUGGUAGUGUGGAGAUCCUCAAGAAUUGGAAAAAAUCUGGCUUCAGGCCUGUCCAAUUUGGCCAGUGCUGGGUCUUUGCUGGAACCCUCAACACAGUGCUGCGGUGCUUGGGGGUUCCCUCUCGGGUGAUCACCAACUUCAACUCAGCUCACGACACAGAUCGCAACCUCAGUGUGGAUGUGUACUACGACACCAUGGGAAAUCCCCUGGAGAAAGGCAGUGAUAGUGUGUGGAAUUUUCAUGUCUGGAAUGAAGGCUGGUUCGUGCGACCUGACCUAGGUCCCCCAUACAAUGGAUGGCAGGUGCUGGAUGCCACCCCCCAGGAGAGAAGCCAAGGUGUGUUCCAGUGCGGCCCAGCUUCCGUCAACGCAAUCCGAGAAGGUGAGGUGAAUCUGAAUUAUGACAUGAUCUUCAUCUUCGCGGAGGUUAACGCUGAUCGCACCACUUGGAUCUAUAACAAGAAAGACGGCAGCCAGAAGCAGAAUUCUGUGGACACUCGCUCCAUUGGCAGAUACAUCAGCACCAAGGCAGUGGGCAGCAACUCUCGCAUGGAUGUCACAAUCACGUACAAGCAUCCAGAAGGUUCCAAGGAGGAAAGACAAGUGCAGGAAAAGGCUUUGAACAAACUCAAACCAAAUGCAAGUUUUGGUGCAACGUCUUCAAGGAAUCCAGAAGGGGAAGAAAAGGAGCCCAGCAUUUCUGGGAAGUUCAAGAUCACUGGGGCACUGGCCGUAGGCAAAGAAGUCAGUCUGUCCCUGAUGCUCAAAAACACGACUAGUGAUAGGAAGACAGUGACAAUGAACAUGACAGCUUGGACCAUCGUCUACAAUGGUACCCUUGUCCAUGAAGUAUGGAAGGACUCUGCCACAAUAUCCUUGGAGCCUGAAGAAGAAAUACAGUAUCCUGUGAAGAUCGCAUACUCUCAGUAUAGUAGAUACCUGAAGGCAGACAACAUGAUCCGGAUCACAGCCGUAUGCAAGGUCCCCGAUGAGGCCGAGGUGGUGGUGGAGCGGGAUGUCAUCCUGGACAACCCUGCUCUGACCCUGGAGGUGCUGGACCAGGCUCAGGUACAGAAGCCUGUGAUCGUGCGGAUGCUUUUCUCCAACCCCCUGGAUGAACCAGUGAAGAACUGUGUGCUGAUGGUGGAGGGCAGCGGCCUGCUGCGUGGCAGCCUCAGAAUUGAUGUGCCAGCCCUGCGCCCCAAGGAGAAGUCCCGGAUCCGGUUUGAGAUUUUUCCCACUCGGAGUGGCACCAAGCAACUGCUUGCUGACUUUUCCUGCGAUAGAUUCCCUGCAAUCAAGGCCAUGCUGCCCAUUGAUGUGUCCGAGUGACCUACCCAGCCUCACUCCCACAGACCUGGGUAACGCAGACCAGACAGUGCUCUCCUGUGGAGUGAAACUGUUGUCUAUGCUGUCCAGCCUGAGAAGCCCUCCAUGUCUCCAUGGCUGUCAGAUAUGGACUUCUAGCAAGCCCUCCCCAACCCAACCCCCUUCAUUUCAAGCUAGGCCAGGUCCCCCCUGGUCUGGGAUUUGAUCAGUUUUGCACAUUUCCUGAUUGCUUCCCUUGGAGAUGGCCUGUUCUGUGAACCCUUGACCCCGCUGAUCCCUUAUACCCGGGCAAUGCUGUGGACAGAGCAGCACCGGAGCUCAACACAUUGGGAAGAAGCCAGCCUGGACUGCUUGCUGAUCCCAGUCUGCAAUUUGAAUACCCUGUUCUUCUCUCGGCCUCCAUGGAAGGCAGGGAGUAGUCACAUAUCACACCACUCACAUCCUUACAGUCAAAAUAAAUGCCAAACAAGUGCAAUUAUCCAACACCAGUUCCAUCAGACUGCUUUGCCUCAGGUGGUAAAGGAGAGAGAAGGGCUGGGGUUACCUCCUCUAGAGAAGGUCCAGAUUCGGGAAGGCCUUGUCUAUUGGGUACCAAUAUCCACAGAAAAUGUGUUCACUCUUUGUGGCUUCAAGGGCAAAAAUAGGAAAACACUGCCAGCUAGCUCUGGAAAAUUUCCCGAGGUAAUGCCCCAAAUGAAAUGAAGCUGUCAUGGCAGGCUCUGACCCAGUAGUACUCAACCUGUGGGUCCCGACCCCUUUAGGGGUUGAGUGACCUUUUCACAGAGAUUGCCUAAGACCAUCAGAAAACACAGAUAUUUACAUUAGCACUCGUAACAGUAGCAAAAUUACAGUUAUAAAGUAGCAACAAAAAUAACUUGUGGUUGGGGUCACCACAACAUGAGGAACUGUAUUAAAGGACCACAGCUUUAGGAAGGCUGAAAACCUCUGCCCUAAUCACUGUGCGUGCCUAGGAAACUCUUUAGGACCUUUGUGCAUGUCUCAGAAAGAGAAAGAACUUCCAAGCAUUUUCAGGAAAUUUAAGGCAAAGUGGGCUCUGCCCGAACAGGGCUGUUUCCCUGCUGUGUUGGUCCAUUUUCAAGGGCCCUAAUGAAAUACCUGGGGCUGGACCAUAUCCAAAGAAGGGGGUUGUUUCACUCACAGAUUGGAGGGAUGAAGUCCAAACAGGAGAACAGUGGCUCCAAUAGGGACAUCAUGACAGUUGGUAGACAUAUAUACAAGAGGAGAGAGUCACAUGGCAAGAAAGGAAGCCAGCAAGUAAGGCAGGGCCAGGACCGAUGUGUCACAACAAUUCAUUCUCAUGACUUGGGGUCUCAUAAGAACUGCAUAUCCCUCCAGAAAGCAGUAGCCACAAUGGCUGCCCAGUAUCCCUUUCCUGAAACUCUCUAUCGCUUCUUAACAUAGCCACACUGAGGACUUGGUUUCUAGUUCAUGAGCCUCUAGUCAAAACUCAAACCCCCUCAAACUGUAGCACUCCCCUGGGCCAGCCUCUUCUCCCUGCAGCCAGAAGAGCCUGUGUUGGGCAGCUAGCCACAGCACUGUUGCCCUCUACAAACUCAGACAAUACCUCCGCAUUUGCCUGUAAAUAACCCCAGGCAACUGAGCACACACCUGCAUUCCCAGCUCUUGGGAAGUUGUUCAUGAGUUCAAAACCAGCCUGAGUGAGCUAUGUAGUGAGACCCUAUCUCAAACAACCAAAAUAAUCUCAGGCAGACCCCCCCCCCUUAGUUAUCCUGUCGCUGUACUGACCAGUCAGGCCAUUCUGUUUUAUUUUUGCAAAUUUCAGGAACCAGUCUAUUCUAAACAGAAACUGCCUGACCCAAAGCCUGCUCCCUUUAUACUCAUCUCAGGCCUCCCUGGUGCCUGUGAAGGAAAAGCCAUCCUCACUUUCCUUCCUUUCCUUCCUGUUGAAUUACAGCAGGGGGAGUCACAAGGGAGACAACUAAAGUGACUUUCACUGG